CAAGUAGGCCUAGCUGCACGAUCGACCGAUAGUAAUUUCAUUCGACAAGACUUUUGAAUACUCAUGUGUUAUGAAAUUUGGAUAGAAUUAACGUUAGAUGAAGGCAUUUAUGGCUGUGGAUCAGGAUGUCUGCAGAGGAUGACAUUGAUCGUUUCAUACAACAACAGAAAAGGAAGAUUGCAAGAGAGAGAGAAGAUCUGCAACAUUCAAAUGAAAAACAAAUAUCAGUACCUCUGUCGAAUGGAUAUCCUAAUGGAGACAUAGUUCUAAAAGAGAACCGUCCUCCUAAGCCUCUUACCAACCAGCACAAAGGCCAUAAACAGUCAGAUGAACCUGGUCUUCCUGUUGGUAACUACAUCACCACAAAAGAGAAGCUACAAAAGGAGAGAGAGGCAGAAUACAGAAGAUUCAUUCAAGAGAAAAAUAAUCGUUCCUCAACCAAGAGAACAAAUAUAGAAGGUGAUGGUAUGUCACUGCCAAUAGGAGAAAGGCUUUCUGCUCAGGACAGGGCACGUUCCCAGCGAAACAAAGAGUACAAUGACUUCUUGAAGCAGAAGGGAGGUAGUCGAAGGAAGGGCCAGGACCAAGGCACAGAGCUAACUAAUGGGGGUGGACAACAUCAAUCAGCCUCUGGUCCUCCUAACAGCUAUGGCCAACAGCAACCCUCCAAUGGCUACAACCAACAUCAGCCCCUCAGUCAGUAUCAGCAGGGAAAUGAUUCUUACAAUGCACCAAGACUUCAGCAAGAAGCUUCUUCUCAAACACCUGUACCCAGGGGUUAUGAUGAUCUCCCUCCUAGAGCACCAAGGAAAGGUUGGGCAACACCACAACCACUGGAAUAUGAUGAUAUACUGAGACGUAAGAGAGAGGAGGAGAAGAGAUACAGGCAAUAUGAUGACAUUGAUUUCUACAGGCCUCGGCUCAAGCCUGCACACAGCGAUCCAUACCUUAAUAGAUAUGAGGAAGAUGGAAGAAGAUCUAGUCGGCCAGAGUACUAUGAUGACUACGAUAGACGGAGAGUUCGUUUCAGUGAUGAGGUCACCCCUCCUGCUCCCAGAGAUGGACCUUCUUAUUCAGACAGGUUGACCAGGCCACGGCAAAGGGAGAGCCUUGAAGAACCAAUUCUGUAUGACUGGAGUCAAAGCAAGGGAGGCAGAAGUCGAACAUUUACUGAUGGGGACAGGCGUAAACCAGCGUUGAAGCAAGAUGACUUAGAAAGACCUCCUAGAGCCAAAUCUGCAACUCUUCCUGUCGACACUGGUCUACCCCUUGGGCAACGUGAUACUGGAAGUGCAACCCGUAGAAAGAAAGAACAGUAUAGGAAGGAACUUGAACAACAAAUGGAAGAGGCUAAGGCAGCUAAAAAGAGGGAGAAGGCGAUGGAUCAAAGUCCUGGAUUCCCUGGGUCUACUAAGCCAUCCGCUGCUCAGGUACAACAACCUCCUCCCCAGAGUUACACACCAUCAUUCCAUCAGCAGCAGCAGCAGCAGUAUGGGAAUAGACCUCAACCAGUCUCUACUACACCGUACCCUGGCUCACAGUAUGGCAUCCAAGAUAUACAGUCCCAGGUACCUUCAUACAAUGCUGGUUCCAGGCCCUACUCUCAGAUUGCUCAACCAAAGGAACCUAUUGGUGAUCUAGGACUCAAAGAAGCAUUGGCCAAAUCUCAGCCAAAACUCCUGGAAAGACCAUUCUCUUUGAAUUACCCUCAACCAUCAACAAUCAACCAACCGAGUACCAAUACAGAUCCAUACAUGUAUUACGGCAUGAGGAAUCCACUAGAACCAGAUCCUAAUCCAAAAUCCCAAGCAGGGAAGAUCUGGGUAGGAGAGAUGACCAAGUCACUAAGCAACUUAGGCGGUAUGGUACAUGGUCUACCCCACUCCGCUGCUGCUGAUGGCUCUUUUUCCUCUCCUAUUAUGGAACGCUACCUUUUACUGCAAAAACAACAACAACAAUUGCUACAACAACAACAACAACUUGAACAACAAUUCCCAUCGUCGCUUAUAGGACCCAACCAGCUCAAUCAACAGCUGUCCAACCCAGUCUUAUCAAAACAAGCAGCAGCACAGUUUCGUGGAGAGAGUGCCAUCCAGAACUUUGUUGGUGACAGCAAUCUAAGCCCCCGGUCCCAGGCCAAUGCUCCUAGCUACAGAGAACAACUCCUUAUUCAGAUGAAAGAAAAAGAAAACAAGAAAAAUGUAGAGAAUGCAGCAAAGGCAGCGUAUGAGGCCAAAAUAGAGAAGGAGAUAGAAGUGUAUGAUCCCUGGGGGAAAGGAGGAGCCGGAGCUCCUAUGAGAGACAAGAAAGGCAAGAUUGUGGCUGAUCUGAAACAACUGCAUAACAGAAAUGAGACGAUUCUAAAUGACCCUAACCGGAAGGAUCUUCAACUGUAUGCAGGCUCUGCCAAUGCACCACCUACCAAUCCAGCUGCAGCUCUAGGCCCUGGUCAAGAGGUAUCUCCUCUACUAGCAGCAGCUGCAUUGGCUGGAGGAGGACCAGGACCAGGACCAGGACUAGCUCCAGGACCUGCUUAUGGUAGGAUUAAAGGCUCUAUCACAGGAGCUGUACCAGACGCAGCAGCAGAUUCUAGCAGGAAUGAAUAUCAGGAUCAAUUAAGACAACAGGUUGAAGAUAAGAAAAGGAGAGAACUAGAAGAGAAGGAGAAGAUCAGGCUAGAGGAGGAGAAAGAAGAGAAAAGACUUGCAGCACAGAGAGACCGUAUUCAGAAGGAAUAUAAUGCAGAGAUAGAGAGGAAGAAACAGAAAGAAGAGAUGCAAAGAAAACAGAAAGAAGAUUUAGAGAAGCAGCUAGAGGAUAAGAGGAAAGAGGCCGAUGAAAAGAAGAAGGGAGCUAAUGAGAAGAGAAGGAGAGAAGCUGAUGAGAAGCUCAGAAAUACAGAUAUCAAUCAGAAUGUUAAUAAUCUUUCGCUGCCAAGAGGUACCUCUCCACCAAUCCCUACACUGAGAACAAAGGAACCAGAGUUACAGAGAAUCUCCUCCCCACCCAUCCCAACUCAUCAGAAGAAGGAGGAAACAAAGAGACCACCUCCACAACCUGCCAGAAGGAGUACUCAGUCCCCACCCGUUCCCACUCUGCAAAAGAGAGAUAAAAAGGUUGUUGAACCAGACUCACAGGAUAAUGGUGAUAGAACCGAUAGGUCUCAAAAGAAAGGCUCUCGUAGACAUUCCCGUGCACCUGAACAAGGUGACAAAGAUCACCAGAAAACUCCUCGCAAGGGGCCAUCCAGAAAUGAAGAAGGGGAGAAGAACAGAAAAUCACGCAGAUCUCGUAAAGAAGCCCAUCCAGAUGAUGAUGAUGAUGGGGAGAUUUCUCCUGGUAAAACUCCUCGAGAUGAAGAAGGGGAGAGAACAAAAAGAUCACGAAGACCUCGAAAGGAAGCAACACCUAAUGGUGAUGAAGAAACCCCUCGGGAAGAAGAUAGAAAUGACGGAGAGGAAACACCUCGUAAACCACGUAAGAGACGACCCCGUCCUAAACAAGAAGAUGAUCCUCUGAACUCCUACGCAGAGUCUACAGGAAAGUCUGGCUCGGGCAGGGCACGCAUCUUCCCACCCAAAGAUAUCUCCAAGCAGCAUGCUGAACUUGAUCCUCUUGAUAAGUUCCGCAAUCCUGCGCCGGUCCCUGAGAAGUCCAAUCAUCCCAGGGUGAUACCAAAAGAGAAUGCUAGGCUCAGUCCUUUGGAGAAGUUAAGAAAUCAUUAUCCAGAAGACCCACACAAAUCAGACUCACUCCUUGAUUCUGGGCUCUUCCCAGAAACUAAAGGUGGCUUUGAAGCCGCUUAUAAGAAACAGCGUUACCUAGUGGACUGGUUACGUGAAUUAGACCCAGAUCUUGUUGUGUAUGCUGCCCCCCUUGCUGAGAAUGGGUACAAGACCUGGAACACGAUACGUCGCCUGAAGCGAGGCACCCUUCUUGACCUCUGUCCAGACAUCAAGCAUGGUCACGUUGAGGCUAUCCUGCAUGAGGUCAAUCGUGGACAGACUCCCCGCUCUAAGAAGCCUCAGGUGAGGUCUCCAGAUAGCUUAUCUGAACAGGAGUUGGACAUUGCAGACAUUGAAUCAUCUAAGACCAGGCCAGCCCCUAUUAGGAGGAAAGAGAAACCAAGAAGAUUGGAAAACAUCAGCCCUGGGAAUGGAAGAUACUCUGAGAGCCCACCUGGAAACAGCUUUGUUGAUUUCUUGGUCAAUGUCUCAAAAGAAUCUGAAAUGUACAAGAAGGCUCAACGUUUACAGAAUAAGCUUCAACGCGAUGGACAUAUGCAGGAUGAUGACUUUCCAAGCGCAUCAGAGAGGAGUUCCUCACCCCCUGUACCUGCAGUAUCAACUAAGGAACGAGGAGGGCCAAAGGAUGAAACAAAUGUGGUAGGGGCUCUCUCAGCUAUGAGGGUUCAAUUAGCAUAUGAACAGCAAAGGAUACAGAGUCAACUAGACAAGCAUAGAGAUUAUGAUCCAUACAAUCCAAUGCCAAAGGCUGCCCAUGCUCCACGUAGAGGUAGCCCUCAGGUUGAUGUCUUUGAGCUAGCCAGACACAAGGGGAGUGUAGCUGUUAUGAGGAACAUGAAUCAUCAAGCAGCAGAAGACUUUGAUGGAUUGAAAGAUAGAAGUGGCUCAAGAACCAGACAAAAAGUGAAGAAGAAUUAUCCUAACAAACCUGACUCAGACGUCAAUCUUGAGGCUCAACAGAUGGCGCUGUUGAGAGAACAACAAGAGAAGUUAGAAGCAAUGAGGAAAGGAAGAAAGGCUACAACCAAUGAUAUUCCUAGGAUGACAGACAUUGGAAGAGGCUCUCCAGCUAUCCCACUAGACUCAGAUAGUGCAUUCAUUGGUAUAGACAGUGGAGAGACACACAUGCCUAAGACAGCAUCUCGUCCUACAAGAAGUAGUGCAGUGCCCUCUCCUGUUAACAGCCAACCCAGAAAAACUGGACGUUCUGUAUCACGACUAGACCAUGAUGAUCUGGAUAAAAUCAUAGCCAAGAGCCAGGCCAGAAGUGAUGCCAUAGAGACACUUCAUGAUCAUGACAGUGAUCCAGAUGAUAUUCUCAAUAAGUUUCUCUCGAAGAAGUCAUAUGAUAGCGAAGAUGCUCGCUUUGCUGUCCUCCAGCAUGAGCAGUCCUAGUCUCGGCUAUACAUUCGUCCACCGUCAGGAAAGAGUGAAGAUCUGAGUUUGUGGUUAAAGCCAUCUCUUGGACAAACAUGAUAAUGAGAUUGAAAUUGAUACAUACUAUCAUCAGUGCUCAUAUCAGACUUCAGAAAGAAAGUACUUGUAAUAACCAGGAUUAUGACUAAUGCAUACUUUCAGCCUACAAAAUUGCUUUGGUCAUGACAAACAGACCCCCUUAAAGAAGCCUUUGCACAUUCCAGGCCACAGUACACCACAGGGAGUCUCUGUAUAGCCACGGUACACCACAGGGAGUCUCUGUAUCACCAUGGUACACCACAGGGAGUCUCUGUAUAGCCACGGUACACCACAGGGAGUCUCUGUAUAGCCACGGUACACCACAGGGAGUCUCUGUAUCGCCACGGUACACCACAGGGAGUCUCUGUAUAGCCAUCGAUAACUCCUUGUAGAGACCUGCAUCCUCCAAGGAUGACUAUCUUGUACUUGUUGAAACUGGUAGUCUACGGAAUGAACGUAGAGAGACAGGGUCCAGUCACAGAGAAUACAAUCAUGUUUGCAGUCUCACCGCACCGUCAACGCUCCGGGAGUAGCCACGUGGUGCCUUGUUGGACCAUAUAUAGACAUUUUUUAUUUUCUAUUCAAAUU